AUGAAACUCAGUCAAAUUUUAAGAUGGACAUAAACAGAUGGUAAACAUUUAUUAAUGAGAUUGUUUUAUUAUACAUACAUACCAAUUAUUUUGAUAUUAGGUAAGUGAUAAAUAUCAUAUAAUUUAUUAGGUUAUAAAUCAAUGAACAUUUAGGCAUUAUUCCCUCAAUUAGCAUCUAAAUAAUGA